UAAAGUAGCUUGUUAUUUCGUGGCAGUAUAACGCAAUGUUUUAUUAUAUCUUAUGGAAUAUGACUUUUGUCUUUGCCGGGAACUUUAACAAUUACUAGAUAUUACUACUUGUAAACUCCGGGAUAGUUACAAUUGGACAACAACUUACCGUUAGCUAGCAUGUAGCUUUUUGUGAGUGGGCAUGGAUCUGAGUUAGACUUGUUAUAAAUAACAGCGUUUUUAACCUCUCAAAUCCAACAACCGUGCUGGAACUGUAUGUUGAAAUGGAUAUAUUAGGGGACGAUGAAUUGCAAGAGCUGAAAUACAAACGGGGAGGCCGAUUGGAUAUGAGCCACGGCUUCCUACACCAUAUCCGGAGGAACCAGAUUGCUAGAGAUGAUUACGACAAGGAGGUGAAACAAGCCAAGGAGGUGAAACAAGCCAAAGAGCUUCAGCGGCGAAGACAUACAACAACUCCAAGACGUCCCCGUCGACCUGACAUCCAAGUGUACAAUCCCCGACGUAGACAUGGUUCUGAGCCAGGAGCUAAUGCUGAAGAGUGGAACGAGAGUGGGUCAAGCACAGAGACAGAGACUCAAGGCACUGAACUGUUCUGGCUCGACUAUCAGGCCGACUGUGGCACUAUAACCUCCUUCCUUGUGCACAAGACCGGCCUGAGAAAGUGGUGGAACGUGUUGCAGAGAAGAACAUCCUCGAUUCAGCCAUGAGGGCAGCACUACGGACUCGAAUUCGAAAAGAGAUUGACAUAAGACGAGACAAACGCUGACAUCAUUUUCACUGUUGACAGUGUUAGGUGCAUACUGAGGAUCCCGGGAUCUUGUACAGUGGGUGUCAGAGCAGAUAUCUGUGUUUAAUGGCCCAAGAAUACAACGCUUUCAUCUGUACAAAACAACUAACAUAGACUGCACGGCUGAGCGUUAACGUAACUGUCAGAUAAUGAUAAUUAUGUAUCACCCACCUUGGACUGUUACCUCGUUCAUGACAUUGUACACCUUCAAGAUGUGUCAGUUGUUCCUUUAACAGUUAAACUCAUAAGAAGGAGGCUCUUUGUUAGAGAACUCUGUUAAUCUUCCUCCAUUUUGAAGCUGUCCUAUAUUUUCUGUGUUUACAAGAUCAAGUUUUCAUAAACAGAAUUUCAUUUUUGUUUGUUUUUGUAAAAUGUGUUGUUAACAGAACAUCAGUCUGUUCAGGAUCUUUUAUGAGAAAUGUGAGAAGUAAGUUUCGUUCCUUUUUGAUGCUGAGAGUUUAUGUGGCCAUGAUGAAUUUUUUUUGUCUUUUUAUGUUGUUUUCAAUAUUCUAAUUUAUUAUGAGAUGUGUAGAAAAUUUAUAUUUUUGAUACAGUAAUAUUUUUUGAGGGCACAACUCUCUUCAUAUAAAAUGACAUAAAACAUAAAGCCAUUUAUUAUGGUCCAAUGUGUGUGAUGUUCACUUGUGAAUUUAAACAGCCAUAAAUUAUGUAUGUUUUUUAAGAA